CAACUCAUACCCUCCCCUGCACCAAACAAGUCUCUAUACAUCCUCUUCCUCAUUUCUUUAUUCUUUAAAACCCCCCCAAAAUUCAAUUAUUUUCAAGAAACCAACCACCCCUCCAUUCCUCUAGGCUCUAAGAUCUGUUUUGAUCACUGUGUUUAUAUUCAAACCCGCAAUUCUUGUUCGGAUUAAAAAUCUUUUUGGUCACUCUGUUUGCGCCCGAUUUUACUCAAACUUUCGUUUCAUUGCUCAUUUCUUUAAUCCCACACAAGUCUCUUUCGGAUCUGCCGCUCUCUGUGUUCUCAAGUUUUGUGGCGUCACUUUUUACCUUGUAUUCCGGUUUCUAGAUGCACACCCACAAAACAACAAACGAAACCCAAUCACAGCCCCUAAACACUUUUAACCAAAAUUAAUCCGAUUUAAUUAGGCCACCCUUUUGACCAACCAAUAAUUCUUCCACAAAUGCGAAUCUUUGCUUCGUCAUCACAUUUCUUAAUUUGAUCUCCAUGAUCUCUUUUUCCCCACUAUAAAUACUCUUACAUACAAUAUGCUCUGCAACUACCACAAUCCUUCAGCUAGACCCUGUGUCGAACACCUUGCAAACUCACUUUUCGAUUCAUGAACUCUUCAAGAAACUCCAAGUUUUCGAUCAUUUCUUCAUCUGGGUAGUUUUGUUUUACGUGCUUGUAUUCGAAUUUCGGCAAUGGCGGCUCUGAGAACGUCGUCUGCAUCAAACCCAGGUUCUGAUCAGUGUUCUAAACAAGAAAUCAGAAUGAGGAAAUCUGAGCCGUUGAUUCCCGGAUUGCCGGAUGAGGUUGCUGAGCUCUGCCUGCUUUAUCUUCCAUAUCCGUACCAGGCUCUGGUGCGUUCGGUCUCUGCUUCAUGGAAAAGAGCCAUUACAGACCCUAGCUUUGUUCUUUGCAAGAAGUCCUUGUGUUUGCCUUUGCCUUAUCUUUUCGUUUUCGCCUUCAACAAAUCAACGGCUAGGAUGCAGUGGCAAGCGUUGGAUCCGCGAUCUGGCCGUUGGUUUGUUUUGCCUCCCAUGCCGUGUCCCAAGGCCGCUUGCCCGCCGGGGUUCGCAUGCGCUUCCCUGCCACGUGAGGGGACGCUCGUUGUAUUGGGCGGCGUGCGGGCAGACAGGGAAUCCUCUACGAAGACAACCAUCGUGUAUCGUACAUCUACCAAUCAAUGGUCAACAGCUACUCCAAUGUCGACCCCGCGGUCAUUUUUCGACGCGGGAAAUAUCGAUGGAAAGAUCUUGGCCGUUGGAGGCGACAAGGCUUGCUAUGGCAGUUCGAUCAGGGCCGUAGACUGUUACGACCCGCUGAAAGACACGUGGGCGCCAUGUGCCACCCUGCCAGCUGGAUUGGCCAAGUAUGACUCCAACGUGGUGGGGAACAAGAUGUACGUGACCGAGGGGUGGACGUGGCCGUUUAUGCACUCGCCACGUGGUGUGGUCUACGACCCAGACAACGACACGUGGCAGGAGAUGAGGCCGGGAAUGAGGGACGGGUGGACGGGCGUGAGCGUGGUCGCGGGCGGCAGGCUCUUGGUGAUAUCGGAGUAUGGGGACUGUCCGAUUAAGGCGUACGACCCUGAUAAGGACACGUGGCAGUACGUGGGUGGGGACAGAUUCCCAUGUGAGGCACUGAGACGUCCCUUUGCUGCGAGCGGGGUGGAAGGGAACAUAUGCGUGGUGGCAUGUGGGUUGAAUGUCGGAAUUGGAAGGCUGUCCGAGUGUGAAGCAGAGCUAAAAGUUGAGUGGCAGCUUCUGCCAGCUCCGAGUGCUUUUAGGGGAUUUUCUCCUUCUAGUUGUCAACUUCUUUUCGCCUAAAUUAUUGACUUGUUCAAUUAUAUAGGCAAUUUCUAAGUUAUAACUAUAAUAUUGUUCUACAGCUAGCUAGGCCUAGUAUUUGCUUUGCUCUUCCGCAGACAUGGAAGCACUUUUGUAGCUUUGUAUGAACACUUAAUUGACCCAAAUUACUAUAAUCUCACCUAUAAUUAACUUA